CUACUUCUAUACGUGCCGCCCUCUAAACAUGAUUGCGGUCGCAACCCGCUGGACUGGCGAGACUUGAGAGUUGUCCAACCGGCUGUCUGACACUCGCAUUAGUCACAACGCUGACAAAGUGUAUCGCUGUAAACAGCUUAAUGUUAGACCAUUUAUUCAACUUUUAUUUAACUGUUAACUGUGGCUUGGGAGGAGGGCUUUUUUAACUGUUCUUUUUCACAAACACUAAUUCGAUGUAGUUCGACAGUCUCCACCUGCCUAAUGCUACAUCAAGCAGCUAAUAGCUAGCGUCAACGCUAUGGUCGAUUGCUGGUCCUCAUUGACUAAGUGACCGUUUUCAUCACCUCUACCUACUUUGGAAGGUUGUCAGCAUGUUGCAGUGAGCGAUGCAAGCGAUGAUAUUAGGGAUGGCCAUCUUGGGGGCGCAGGCUUGCUCAGACUCGCAGACCUGCACGACAAUGAUGCCACCCAAUUCUACCUCCAAAGAGUACUGCUACUCUGCCCGAAUUCGCAGCACAGUGCUGCAGGGCUUACCCUUUGGUGGCGUACCGACUGUACUCGCCCUGGACUUCAUGUGCUUUUUGGUAUUGCUAUUUGUGUUCUCCUUCUUGCGAAAAGUAGCAUGGGACUAUGGACGCCUCGCUCUGGUGACUGAUGCUGACAGGAGAAUGGAUCAGCGUUACAGUCGCCUGGAUGAACGGGAAUACGUGUCCGCUGCAAUGACGACAGAGACACCUGAACGCUAUGAGCGCCUCACCUCAGUUUCCAGUUCAGUGGACAUAGAUCAAAGAGACACAGGCUUCUGCUCCUGGCUUACUGCCAUCUUCCGCAUCAAGGACGAUGAGAUAAGGGAGAAAUGUGGCGAGGAUGCAGUACAUUAUUUGUCCUUCCAGCGCCACAUCAUCGGUCUACUCGUAGUGGUGGGAGUGCUUUCUGUGGGCAUCGUCCUGCCUGUAAACUUCUCUGGAAACCUACUUGAAAAUAAUGCUUAUAGUUUCGGCAGAACUACAAUAGCAAAUCUGGAUGCAGAUGAUGCCCUUUUGUGGCUGCACACCAUAUUUGCAUUCCUCUACCUGUUACUGACAGUAUACAGCAUGAGACGACACACAUCCAAGAUGCAUUACCGCGAGGAUGAUCUGGUAAAACGGACUUUAUUUGUCAAUGGAAUCUCCAAAUAUGCAGAGGAGACAGACAUAAAGCAACACUUUGAGCAGGCGUAUGAAAACUGUGCCGUGCUAGAAGCCCGUAUCUGUUACAAUGUAGCCAGGCUGAUGUAUCUCAACUCUGAAAGGAAGAAGGCAGAGCGCAGCAAGAAAUUCUUCCUUGAUCUGCAGGCCAAAGAGCACAUAACCACAAUGAUAAACCCAAAGCCCUGCGGACAUCUUUGCUGUUGCAUCAUCAAAGGUUGCGAGCAGGAAGAAGCUGUGAGUUAUUAUACCAAGCUGGAGGCCCAAUUAAAAGAUGGCUACAGGAAGGAGAGAGAGAAGGUCAACAGGAAACCUUUGGGAAUGGCAUUUGUCACCUUUCAAAACGAAUCCAUAACUGCUAUAAUCUUGAAGGACUUCAAUGCUUGCAAAUGUCAAGGCUGCCACUGUCGCAGAGAACCUCAGAGCUCUCCUUUCAGUGAGAAACUGCAGACACAAAACUGGACUGUAAGCUACGCCCCUGAUCCGCACAAUGUCUACUGGGAACAUUUGUCGUUGGGAGGAUUCUCGUGGUGGAUCCGCUGCUUGAUCAUCAACUGUGUCCUCUUCCUCCUCCUCUUCUUCCUCACCACCCCAGCCAUCAUUAUCUCGACCAUGGACAAGUUUAACGUUACCAAACCAGUGGAAUACCUAAACAAUCCAAUUAUUACUCAGUUUUUCCCUACCCUCCUCCUGUGGUCCUUCUCUGCCUUACUUCCUACCAUUGUCUACUACUCUGCCUUCUUUGAAGCCCACUGGACCAGGUCUGGAGAGAACAGAACUACUAUGCAUAAAUGCUACACUUUCCUAAUCUUUAUGGUUCUUCUACUGCCCUCUCUUGGUUUAAGCAGUUUGGAUCUUUUCUUCCGAUGGCUUUUUGACAAAAGAUUCUUGGCAGAUGCCAAAGUGAGAUUUGAGUGUGUGUUCCUUCCUGACAAUGGAGCGUUCUUUGUGAACUAUGUUAUUGCAUCUGCAUUCAUUGGUAAUGCCAUGGACCUGCUCAGGAUCCCUGGCCUGCUCAUGUACAUGAUCCGCCUUUGCCUAGCUCGAUCUGCAGCUGAGCGGAGGAAUGUCAAGAGGCAUCAAGCCUACGAGUUCCAGUUUGGAGCGGCUUAUGCUUGGAUGAUGUGUGUCUUCACAGUGGUUAUGACCUACAGCAUCACCUGCCCAAUCAUUGUCCCCUUCGGGCUGAUGUACAUGCUUCUCAAACACCUCGCAGACAGGUACAACAUGUACUAUGCCUACCUCCCUUCCAAACUGGACAAGAAGAUCCAUUCUGGAGCUGUCAACCAAGUGGUGGCUGCUCCAAUUCUUUGUCUCUUUUGGCUUCUUUUCUUCUCCACUAUGCGUUCUGGUUUUUCAGCUGCAAUCUCCAUGUUCACGUUCAUUGUUUUGAUCAUCACCAUUACUGUCUGCCUCUCGCAUGUCUGCUUUGGACAUUUCAAAUAUCUCAGCGCUCACAACUAUAAGAUUGACACUGAAGAAUUGGAGGUGACUGAGAAUGGGCGUACAGAGUGCACUACUGACUCCAACAAAGCAGCACAGAUGUACAUCGCUCUGGUUCUGCAAGAUCGAAACUCAGAGGAGGCCGGAUCGGGUAGUGGCGAGGACGACUGUCAGGGGUCGUCACAGGACGAGGAAAUAAUCAAUGUGGAAAAUGGCCUGAACGAGGACUUCCAGUCUGGUGAAGACAGCCUCAUUGAUAACGAAGUGCGACACUGAGCAACAGAUGUUUGACUUGAGAAGAGUGCACUGAAUAAAUGAACUAACAGGAAACAAGUUCACCAAAGCAUCCCAACCUUGAUGGAGGGACUCGAGGAACUAACAGACAUGUAUUUUCUACUAAUGAUUACAUGGAUUCUUUCAUUUACAGUACUUCACCGGGUCCGUAUCAAAGACGACUACCUGCACAAGCAAUGCAUGUGCUGCAAAGUCCCUCAGCUCAGAUGAAGCACAUGCAUUAUGAAGUCUUUGGGCCUCUCUUAGAAGAGAAGUGAUGCUCUGCUGGUUCUCUCAACAUUGUUGCACUUGAAAAGAGAAAGAGAGACUUGUCCAGUCAGCUAGACUUCCGUGGAGGCGGCGUCAUACGGAAUGUCUUCGCUUUUGAAAAGAUGAGAAGAGUAGCAUCCCUACAAGUCCUGCCCUAACAUGCUUCACAUGGAAAACAGCGUUCAAAGAUGGUGUAGAUGUUUCGAAAAUGCUCACCGUAUCCCAUAGAAGCCUUAAAGAAGAAACAUUUCUACAGAGCACUAUUUUCUUUUAGCACAUUGUUGACAAACAGCCUCUUUGGGCAUUUAUGAGAAGACAUUAGUGCAGUGUGGUAGAUCACCUGAUAUGUAAGCACACUACGUUAGAAGACACGCAGCCAGGUGGGACUGCUGUUGGACUGCUGCUACAAGAGGACUUUGAGUUGAUGAGUACGGAGAGGAAGGUUGGUGCAUCCGUCUGUUAUGAUACUCAUUGUCAUUAUUUCUCUUUGUCUUCUUCAUACAUAUACACGCACGCACGCACACACACACACACACACACACAUGCACAGUCACAGUCAUGGAAAAAAUGAUUAGACCAUCCUUGUUUCUUCAGUUUAUUGAUCCAUUUUAAUACCUGGUAAAACUAAAGGUAAAUUUGUUUGGACAAAUAUGACAAUAACAAAUAUAGCUUAAUUUAAGAGCUGGUAUCUAGCAACUUCUAUGAUUUUCUUGAUAAUACCCAAAAUCACUUAAGUUCUUAAAUGAAUAGCUACAGCAUUGUAAAAAUCAAUCUCUUAUGGACUAUUUUUGUUGUCAUUGCUAUAUUUGUCCAAACAAAGGUACCUUUUAGUUGUAUCAGGCAUUCAAAUGAACAAGAAACUGAAGAAACAAGGGUGGUCUAAUAAUUUUUCCAUGACUGUAAUAUAUACAGUAUAUAUGUAUAUUGCCCAUAGGUUUACAUUUUACGCACAGAUUCGGACAUUUUGUAUUAAUUUUAAGUGGUAGUGACUGGAAAUGUCUUUCUUGUCGUCUUUGUGUAGGCACUUGAUUGUGUAGCUCCUGUGAGAUAUAUUAUUAUUAUAAGUUGUUGGCAGCAAUGUUACAGCCUCCCAAAGCUGAUUUGUUAAUUAUUUAUCUCCAAACAUGUCAUAUCUAUGAUAAAAAUGUGAGGCAGAUCACACAAGAACUUAACAGCUACAGCUGUGGUAAGAUGCGUCUGAUGUCUAAAUACUUUACCUUUAACCAAGUAACGCACACAAAGUAGCGCACACACACGAUUGUGGCCUUACACUGCAUUCAUUUUAUAACCUCAUGGAGAUGACAGCAUGAGACUGCCAUUGUUGUAGUUUUUGAUAAAGCUAGUGCUUCAGACCACUACAUUCACCAUGACAAAUCUAUGAAAGAGCUGCUCACAAAGCCAUGGUGCGCACAAACCUUAUCGAUUCAUCAAGACUGACUCCCUGUGACAUCAUUUUGGUACUACAAAAGAACUGUCUGGCAUCUUUCAAGUGGCGUUCUCGUGUGAUUUGUAAUAAGAUUGUUUUAUUUGUCAUACCUCAGUGUUUGUAUACCUCUAACAUGUCUUGAAAUCUCUGAACUGGUGGGGGCUUUGGCAACACUAUUUCUUUAACUUUGAAUGUACAGGAGCUGACCUCCGCAACUUUGAUAAGUAACAAACCAUACGUGAGCUAUGUGCUAUUUUGUAAUAGAACUGAACUGACAGGUGUUUUCUGUCCUCUGCUGUGUGUCACAGUCUCUUCGCUUUAGACAAGUGUUAUCAUUUUACAGUUGUCUUGCAUCCAUGUAUUAACUCAUCCACAUUUGUGAAUCAUUCAUCCACAUUUGUGAAUCAUGUUCUCUUACCGCUUCUUCAAUACAUUUGUGGACUCACUGGCAAUAAAAUUGUAGUAUUUUUUGUUAAACAACAAA